UUGGGGUUCAGUCUCUUUCGAGUUCUGGCCAGGCGGAGCUAGCAGACGGUGUGCGUGCGGCCGCUUCGUGUCUCGUAGGACCCUCGGCGCCAUCUGGCUUGUUGAUAGUGUGUGUGUCUGACCUGAGUUUUCCUCCCAAGAACCGCAGACAUGUCGUCCAAGGCGGUUGUUAGUUCGAGCGUGUCUAAGAUGGCUGCUUCCAGUUCAAGCACCAAAAUUAUUUCCAAGAAAGUGUCUUCGUCUUCGGCCGUUACCUCCAAGACAUAUUCUUACCGUAGCGGAGCAGCCCCCGACGACAGCAAUGUCACCAUCGAGUACAUCCACGAUGUCAGCAACGUGUCGCGUCUUGAGGACAAGAUCCGUCUGCUUAUGGAAGAUAUCGAGUAUGAGAGGGAACUCAGACAGAGGGUAGAGCGAGAGAAGGCCGACCUUAGCGUUCAGGUUAUUCAGCUUAGCGAACGCAUUGAAGAGGUCGAAGCCGGCGCCGAUGGACAGAUUGAGAUCAACAAAAAACGGGAUGCGGAGUUGGCCAAGUUGCGCAAGCUGCUGGAGGAUGUGCACCUGGAGAGCGAGCAGACCCACCACAUGCUCAAGAAGAAACACCAGGAAGCCGUCGUCGAUUUCCAGGACCAGAUCGACAUCCUCACCAAGGCUAGGAAUAAGAUUGAGAAGGAGAAGAGCAAAUUCCAAGCCGAGGUCUACGAACUGACCCAGCAGCUGGAGAAGGUCACCCUCGAAUCUGCCGGCUACCACAAGUCCGUCAAGAGCCUCAACAUCAGCAUCCAGGAACUGAACAUCAAGAUCGAGGAACUGAACCGCACCAUCGUCGACAUCACCUCCGCCAAGCAGCGCCUGAGUGUGGAGAACGUCGAGCUGACCAAGGUUGUCCAGGAAUACAAGGUCAAGAUUGAGGAACUGAACUACACCAUCAAGUCCGGCUCCACCAGCGCUGAUGAAUGGAGGAGGAGGUUCGAGCAGGAGGAAGCUCGCCGCCGUAAGCUGGAGAGCGAGCUGCACUCCCUGAACAACGAACUCAACGCCCUCAAACGCUCCUACGACGAAGAGUGUGAACUGCGUAUCGACAUCGAGCGCAAGUAUAACAGUGAGGUCUCCCUUGUUCAGCAGUUCAAGAGCAAGUACGAGAGCGAGUGCCGUAUCCGCAUCGAGGAAGUUGAAGAAAUCAAGAAGAAGAUGACUGCCAGGAUCGUCGAGCUCGAGGAACACUGCACCAGCCUGAAUCAGAAGGUCGCUAAUGUUGAGAAACAGAAGAGCCGUCUGUCACAAGAGAUUGAGAUUAUGAUCCUUGACUUGGAGAAGGCCAACACCAACCACCGUGAAGUGAAGUCUCGCCUGGAAAUUGUCGACCGCGAGUACAAGACCUUGGUAGUCAAGUACGAGGAACUGAACCUGCUUUACGAACAGACCAGCAAGGACCUCAAGAUCCGCAUUGCCGAAUACAACAAGGUCACUCAGGAAUACGAACACAACAAGGAACUUUAUGAGAAGCUGUCUGUUGAUCACAGGAAGAUUGCAUCUGAGAACAGUGACCUGAAGUCUUCCUGCGGUGACCUUGGCCGCAUCAAGCACGAGCUCGAGGUUGAGGUCCGUCGCCUUGAGGCUGAGAGGAAUGAGCUGGCCACCGCCCUGCACGAGGCUGAUGCUGCCCGCAAGGACGAGGAAACUAGGUUCAUCAAGAUCACCAACGAGUACCAGAGCUACAGGAUCGAGAUCGAGAAGCGACUCCACAUCCGCGAGGAGGAGCUCGAGUCCGUUCGCAAGCAGAUGGCCAUCGAAGUCGACGCCCUCAACGCCCGCGUGGUUGAGGCCGAGACCCGCCUGAAGUCCGAGGUCACAAAGGUCAAGAAGAAGAUGCAGGUCACCAUCACCGAGCUUGAGAUGAGCCUCGACACCGCCAACAAGUGCAACAUUGACCUGCAAAAGACUGUGAAGAAGCAGGCUAUUUCCCUCCAGGAGCUCCAGACCCACUACGACGAGAUUCAGCGCCAGCUCCAGCAGACCCUCGACCAGUACGGUGUUGCCCAGCGCCGUGUCCAGGCCCUCACUGCUGAGUAUGAGGAGGCUCGCUCUAACCUUGAGGGUGCUAUCCGUGGCCGCCGCUCCGCUGAGAUGCAGUAUGAGGAAUCCUCUGCUCGCAUCAAGGACCUCACUACCAUUAACAUCAACCUCACCAACGCUAAGGCUAAGCUCGAACAGGAACUUUGCGUCAUCGCUGGAGACUACGAUGAAGUCAGCAAGGAACUUAGGCUGUGCGAGGAACGCCUGAGCAAGGUCAGCGUGGAACUGAAGCGCACCGUUGAGAUCCUUCACGAAGAACAGGAACGCUACGUCAAGAUCGAGUCUAUCAAGAAGUCCCUGGAAGUCGAGGUCAAGAACCUGAACAUCCGCAUCGAGAACGUCGAGGCCAACUCUCUCGUCAACACCAAGAGGAUGAUCUCCAAGCUGGAGGCUAGGGUACACGACCUCGAGAUCGCCCUUGACGAGGAGCAGCGCCGCCACCAGGAAACCAUCAAGGUCCUGAGGAAGAAGGAGCGCAACGUGAAGGAGCUCGUCCUCCAGGUCGAGGAGGACCACAAGAACAUCCAGAUCCUGCAGGAGACUCUCGACAAGACCUACGAGAAGAUCAACGUCUACAAGCGCCAGCUGUGCGAACAGGAGUCCGUGUCCUCGACCAACCUGUCCCGCGUGCGCAGGUUCCAGAGAGAGCUGGAGGCCGCCGAGGAACGCGCAGACGUCGCCGAGAGCAGCCUGUCCAUGAUCCGCGCCAAGCACCGCACCUUCGUCACCUGCCAGAGCACGGUGUUGCCCAGCGGCGAGACCGUCGUGGUGAAGGAGACCGUGACCCAGCAGUAGAGGCGUCCUUCGGUCCCCAAGCCGAUCGGCAGCGCCCUUCUCCUUCUCCUUCUUCAGCGUCGUCGCCAGAGGGAUGCCUUCGCUCUGCUCUCUCGCGACGCCGUCCGCAAAAGCAAGAUUGUUUACAUCGUCUAUUUUCUUUUUAUCGUGAUAGACACUUUUUUUUUCAAUUUGUCUCUCCUUCUAUCUUGAAGAUAUAGUAUUAAUCUAAGAGAAAAAAAAAUAUUACUUUUAAAAGAAAUCUAAUUUAAAGGACUAACUUGUAAUAAAAAUGUAAGGCGAAUCUCAAGCUCCUUAAAUAAGAAAAGAAACAAAACAAGAGAAGUGAAGAUAUGCCACACCAUCACAACAAUGUAUUCAUUGUAUAUAUAAUUGGACGUAAUAAAAGAUUUGUCAUACACGAACGUCUGUGAGUGCUAUACAACUGUCUCGAUGACGUCAUCUUCCUGUGCUGGGAUUGGGGGAAAGGAUGUACAAUGUGGAGGAAUUAUGCAAAUGAGUUUGGUCAUUUCUUUAUGGUGAUAAUGAUGAUGGAGAGUGACUGGAAGUACCGAUGGAUGGAGUCGUUGUUCCAGAGAUGAAUAAUAUAUAUUUUUUUCAUUUUACUUGGCUUUAUCUCUCUCUCUCUCUCUCUCUCUCUCUCUCUCUCUCUCUCUCUCUCUCUCUCUCUCUCUCUCUCUCUCUCUCUCUCUCUCUCUGCUAUUUUUUUAUCAUUCUAUAUUAUAUUCCUUACUGUCCUGGAUUGAUAUACUGAUUUUAGCAUUAUGUCUUCGUUAUUAUCAUUACGAUAUUAUUUUUGACUUUCAGUUUUAUCUACACCUUCUAAAAUCAUUAUUAUCAUUAUUAUCAUCAUCAACAAUACCACCAGUCUUACCUGCCUAAUCAUUCUGAUAUCCUUAUCAUCAUAAUUGAUAACCGGAUAAUUAUUACCAUCAAUUUCAAUAAACAUGAAGUGCCAACGUUUUCUUGUAAAAAACACCAUUGCAAGAUUAUCAUUAUUAUCAGUGCAAAGCAGAAUAACGUCUAGAAUGCACACACCACAAGAUAUCUAUGAAGAAUCAUCUUGUGAGACUGUCUCUCAGGUAUAAAGCCUCUUCAUUAUAUUCUUCGCAUGAUGCUACAGUAAACUUGGGAUAAUGCUUGAUUGAAAAUGUACAUAGAAUCAAGAUUAUGUGGACUGACAACCUCGCAAAUAUAAUGGAUAAGGUCCAUCCAGGCAAUGUGUUAACUUUGACCUUGAAAGAGAAAACUGAUAUAAAAAAUGUGUGGAUGUUACAUUAACCCUUUUCUACUGCAGCUGCCAGUGGGUUGGGAUGCCUUGAGCACUGACCUUACACUGCUCUAUAUCCACACCAGGUCAGCCCAUCAAGUUAUUUCUCGUUUCUCCUGGCUGGGGUAUAAAAGGAGAGAUCGAGAACAUAACCCGGGUUUAAUGGCAUGAAGGAGGCAUCUUAAACGAGCGUGCGAGAGGAGAGAGAAAAAAAAUCCAAAUGGAAAUACUAGUUUAUAUUUUCUUUUGUCUUUUUUUAUUUCUAUCAUUUAGCAGGCCGUUUGGGUGCGUGUGUAUAUAUAUGGGUGUAUGUUGUUGGUGUUUCAAUGUGUAGUGUGGCUGGGAAAUAAAACACCAUCUUACCCACAAUGCAACCUGAUUUUAAGCACUGGUGGAUGAGGUUCGUUCGCUCGAAACAGUUGAUGCGUUCAUGACUCUCGAGUGACAUGUCUUCUCUAAACUCUGCAUUAUAUUUAUUCUAAGUGAUUGUGUCGUAUAUAUUUUCUUCCUUCUUUUCUUCACUUCGUUUACAUCUUUAUUUUCCAUCCGUGAUUCUAGAACGACGCUUGAGACCAUCUCGAAAGGCGUGUGUGUCUGACUCAUUUCUUUAAGCCUGUUUCGGAUCGACUGAAACACUUCCAUGCUAAAAAAGGGUUUCUCAUGCAUGGUCUUUGUGGCGCUUGAGUGUUGUCCUUGAAUUCGUUCGGAAAGUGGGUAAACAACUUUAUCUGUUUAUGCUCUUGCUCUGUUUAUAGAUAGUUUAUUCUUACCUCUUCUACUUUCCGCUCGCUUAGUUGUCUAUCAUGGUCUAAAUGCGUAUUCGAGAAACAUUUGAAGACGUCAUAUCGUUUUAUGAAUGGGCACCAAAGCGAAUUAUUUUCAACUGGGAAUUAGGUGAUGAACCCCAAACUUAUCUUUUUUUUAUCUGUAUUUUAGGUCAUCCCACCCCUAUCCACUCAAAAAAAGAUAAAAAGCUAUUUAUUUCAGAAUAUGUUUUUUAGUGUAAGGACGAUCAUUGACGCUGUUUAUACAAGGUAUGGCCGACGAAGACAGCAAAAGUGUGUUCCCGAUGUCUCUGAACUGAACCUAUUUUGUCAUGCCACAGACUAGUUCAUGGGGGACACACUUUUUCGUUUCUGUGGCGUUUUUCCGUAUGAUUUAUGUGUGUAAUGUAACGCUAUCAUAUUGGUCCUGUCGGAUCAAAAUCAAGCUGAGAAAGUCAAUAAAAGAGCUUGGUCUUA